AUGCCCUCUGCGUCCGAACUACAUGCUCAAUAUCCAUACAUUGCGCCAUCGGGGUGCUUUCCUCCACGAGGCUUUGAUUUUCCACUGCUUAGUCUAUCAUUUCCGCUGAGAUACGCACUUGACCAGUUCCAUCUCAACUCAGCCGGAUUUAGGGCGCUAGAUCAAUCGCGGAUAAUUAUCCAAUUGUACGAUUUACAAGUCUCAGCAAUAGAGAAUGAUGAAGACGAGAUUUCGCUACUAUUAGCUGCGUACAAUUACCUGGUCACAGAGUGUCAUAAAGUUGAUCCCAUCUAUGCACAAGAAGUGCUUGACGACCUAGUUGUACUACACAAUGGACAGUUGGAAGGAGAGCACAAACAAGCUCUAAUUUACAUCAAUACCAGCACCGUAAGCAAGGACUCGUAUAGUAGCGUCUUCUCGGUAUAUACCGAUGACAGAACAGACGCUUCGCAUUCCAAUCUGUUUGAGCUGGGUUUAUUUACUCAUCUCGAUCACUUUGCAACCAUGUCUGGCCCCCACAUCCACUCGCCUCUUCGCCUCAGGUCUGUUCUCGGUGCCCCAAACCCAAAAAAUAUCAGUGCCUUAGUCUUCAAAGUUAUCAUAGUCAUAAUUGCAACAAAAGAGCGGGUCUAUGCGCUGCUUCUACCCCAGACACCCAUUCUUGAAAUGUCUUCUCGGCAUCUUCGUGAGUUCGGUUCGCGCCACCUCUUACGAGUAGAGUUUGCCGUUCCACGAUCAUCGUCCUCGUUACCACCGCAGAGAUCUGUGAGCCCCUACAGCAGAAGACAUGGAGCUGAGUUACCUGACCGCACAGGAUCACCAGCUCAACGAAGGCAUAAGGUACAUAAGAAGCCCGUCAUGAUCGAAGAGAGAAUACAGCACUCGAUUGCUAGGGCCGGAUUUCCUUCGUUAACCAACAGGAGAUUUGCACGCUCGUCCCAUUCAUCUGUAUUAAAACGAGCAAUCUAUAAUAUAUUGACAACUGGUGUUUAUCUCGGUGGUUCAGUCUUUGUUUACUAUGCACAAGGGAGUGGACAGCUCAAGGAGCAACAGUGCUGGUUUAUUAGGGCACCAGACUAUGAAUUAAUGUAUAGAUAUAUGCAGCGCUUUACUGCUUUUAUCAGAGACUUUAAAUACUAUCAGUCCUUUUACGCCAAUCUGAGCUCCAAGCUUUACACGUUUUACGUAUCACCAAUUCUUCCCAGCAUCGACCAUUUGGACUCUAUUCUGAACAAGUUUAUGCGUCCACGUGCUGUUAUCUUCCGCGAGUUUGCAAUAAAUUGGCUCGGGGAUAUUAAGGAGGUCCAGGCCUGCAAGAUAUGCACACGAAGAGGCCUAUGUUUUGGUAAGUCCUUACCUACGAUAAAGGUAAGGGAAGAGGAUGUGCAGAUUGUAUCAGAUAAGGAAUAUAAUGGCUACGUUUUUACUGAUGGCGCAGGAGAGAUAAGCUACGAUCUCAUGCUCGAGAUAGCCCUUUGUCUGGACAAGCUUAAGAUCGAGCAACUGCAUAAGGAUACAGAAACAUACUAUGAUAAUGGAUUCGCUGAUACUAACGAGGACAGUGAACACACUGUACCACAUCUCCAACCAAAUUUGAAGACAGCUUCAAAUUUGAUUCAGGUACCUUCUGCAGUGCAAAUGCGCUGGGCCGGCACAAAGGGAGUGCUCAUUCUAAACGCUCUUCUGCCACCCAGGACCAUCCUGUUCCAUAAGUCUCAAGUUAAGUUCAGCAUCCCUAAUCCCACUGAGACCCAGCAGACGCUAGAAAUCCUCAGAGUGGCGCAGCCGUCAAAGGGGAUGAUAAAUAUGCAGAUUAUUGUGCUACUAUCAGAGAUGGGCGUUCCGGAUGAUGUCUUUCUCAAUCUGGUUUAUCAAGAUUUGCAAAAGACGCUUCUGUUUCUGGAGCCCGUGGACCGCUGCAGACACCAAGCAGAUCUUUAUCAGUUGGUCAGUAGAGCAUCUCAUAGUUCUUCCGGGAAGCUUAUUCUCCAAAUGCUGAUGGCUGGCGUGGACAUUACAGAGCCCUGUCUUCAGUUUCUUCUUAUGAAGCUGCAAAUGAUGCAGCUACGUAGUAUGAAAGCAAAUAUGCGGUUUUAUGUACCAGAUUCGCGGAUAUUCGUUGGAGUUUACGAUUGUUUUGACCUUUUGAAGGAGGGGGAGGUGUAUGUCGGGUUGCAGGAGCCGCUAUCCAUCUCUAAAUGGGCCGCAGCAACACAUCUUAAGGCAAUGUCUAAUGACACACAGCAGGAAGCGUUACUACCACCAGAUCUGGACUUACAGAUAUCUGAUAUUGCUGUUGGACUAAAUAUCUCUUGUGUCGAGGGUCGUGUAGUCGUAGCAAAAAACCCCUGCUUUUAUCGUGGCGAUGUCCGAAUUUACCACGCAGUCAACAUCUUUGAAAGGCUCAGGCGGGAAGCGUCCAGGCAGAAUUUAAAGCCCGUAUUGCCAUCCUUUGUAGCACAAGAAGCUAUCAGGGGAAUGUACAGAGGAGUGAUUUGCUUUCCAAAGUAUUAUGAAGGUCGUCCGAUGACAGAUUGCCUUUCAGGCAGCGACCUGGAUGGUGACAUCUAUUGGGUCUCAUGGGACGCCUCCCUUUUAGGGACCAUUCAACGCGAAUAUGAGCCAGCUUCUUUUCAGGCAAAUCCGGGAGAAAUAGAUGCACAUGCUUUAGAUCUAAGGGACAUCGAGGCAGGCUUAGGCAAUCUGCUACGGAUUGAGAGUGAUACCAUAGACAGUGGCACAUCAAAUUGGCCAUUUUUACAAGAGCUGAAAUUAGAACAGUUUUACAAUCUAUCAUGUUUGCUUAGGAAAAGUUACGUCAGCGCAGUCCUCAAAGACCAAUGCUCGCGGGGUGUCGAUUUAGAGAGCAAAAAGCUACUUUACUCUAAAAUCAAUAUGGAACCAGUAGAGCUAAUACUCAGAGAAGCAUUCAUUCUUGAGUGGGUAUCCGGUGCAUUUUUUGAUAAGACGAUUGGAAGGAUAGGGUCUGAACUUAAAAUAGUUGGGGAUAUGCUUGGCUAUAGCCACCCACUAACUAUGGAACUGGGGCGGCAGUUCUUCUUUGCAAUAGAUGCAGACAAGACUGGCUGGCGUCGAAAAGCAGUAUCGUGCGUGCGCAAACUUCUUGCCCCAUCAUUCAAAAAGCUGUGUCAAUCAUCACAGGAAGACCUGGAAGAAAAUUAUCUGAGUGAGUCUUCGGACUUUCUAAGCGACUGCGGCACUAGGAUUGAUGAGAUAACACACUAUACUACAGAUGUAUACGCAACGUGCCUUAAUGAGCUAGCAGACUCUGCCUCAACCCAGCCAGACGAAUCAACCAAUUCUUCAAGCACCGCUUCCGAUGAAAGUGAUGGCUCGCGUGGCGAAGAUGGAUCGUUGAGAUUCAUUUUCAGCGAUACGGAAGGAUCGGAUGGUUCUAUUGAUGAACCUGAACCACAUCUUAAAGUGCAAUCGCCUCAGCACGUCAGCUUAAAGCAUGGAUUGGAACCAGAAUUACGUGAAAGCUCUCUCGUCAAUCCACUCUCAUCAAGCUCAUACUCUAAGGCACGUGCAAAAAACAAUACUAAGCGAAUAUCUCUUCAGAAACACGGCUAUAAGUUGGACCAAAACUCUCCUGGCCGUAAGGAUGUAGCGACUAAUGAGGUUGCCGAACAUGUGCAUACAAAAAAGCCCAAGGCUAAGAUGUCUCUCUCGGCAAUUGCAAGUGCACACGCUGCUUUAGCUCAACUUAUUAGCUCUCGAAAGAGAGCCUCCCAAGUCUCUAACCAGGCUACAGACACGCAGGCGCACCCCAACUUUCCCUUCUCACGAGUCUCCCUCGUACCUAACUGGAUGAUAGGAAACACCAUAACUGGGCUGCUCUAUCCUACCGAUAACGACUGGCUCAGACUUAAGAAUAAGAUAAUUUACCACUCUAAAUCUGUAGCCGGAUCCAUCUAUAAUCUAUUAGCAGCAGGAGAAAAUAAUUCUGUCAGCAUACUGCGAAAGUGCAUUGAGCACAAAGAGAAACCAUUCUUCCAGGCUAUUGUGGAUACUCUCCGCCCAGUGUCCACAGUUCUGCCGCUAAACCUAAUCAAAAUUAAAGAUAGUAUCGAAACCAGCAUGGCAGCCUCUCUAGCCUCCCUCUCUCUUGAUUUAUCUCAGCUUACUGAGGUCUCUACAAAGGAUUCUCUUAUGCUUCUGGGAAUACAAAACAGUGUGUUUCGACGUCAGAUAGAUAUCUCAGUACAUAUCUUUGGUUCUGUGAUUGCAGACUUCAAUUCCCUCUCGCGAAGAGGGAAGUUUCACACAGACAUUAAGGGCUCUGGUUACUCACGGAUGACGUCGGUGUAUUCGUCACAGAUGCGCAAGGGCGUAUCGGAUGAGGAGCGUCGGGCGCGAGCUGUCAUCCUGUAUUAUUUAUUUUAUACUUACGCAUUACUACAACUGCUACCUACGAUACGGUACUGUGAGCAGAUGUAUGGGACAUUAGAACUUAAGGAUGUUUACUCAGAUAGUAGGUCGAGAACCCCAGCGAAAGCGACACCGAGCUCCGCUAACUCUGCUUCCGGCCCUUCAACUUGGUCAACCGGUGCAUCGGAAGGCACGGAUGACAUGUCACAAACAUCAUCUAGCGAGUACAAGCCGGAUACUCCUCGUAGAGAUAGAGAACACAGAUCCAGAACUGCUUUUCCAUCACUUCUUGACAGUCAGAUGCACUUUGCUUACAAGUCUGAUGCUGAGGGUUCAGUUGUCCAGUAUCUCGAGAGCAUAGCUACCAACCGUGCCUUAAUUGGAAUAUCUGUGGCUUCAAACGACCGUUUGGUAUGGAGCAGGCAUACAGAUCUGCCUUCAUACAAAACCCAGACUCCUCCCCCAAUUAUUCUAUGCAAUAGAUAUUCUGUUACAGGUAUUCCGUUAUCAGAAGAAGAAAAAGAAGCUCAGUGCAAGCUGGGCGGGUUUUCUAGCGUUCCAGCCUUUUCUGACAUUAGCAAGUGCCUCAAAUCACUUACCAAGAAAAAGGUCUCUACGCUGCCUUCUGUAGUACCACUUUCACAUGAGUCUUCCAACGAGAAUGGCAAUGAUAUGUGUCUCGCACAUCACCUUUUCGUCAACAAGCUCCCUUGCAAUUGGCCUGUGUCCAUGACCAAUCCAACUAUUGCAUUCUCUAGGCCUAGUUUAAACGAUAACACCGUAUGGCUAUGGGAAAACGCGUGGAAAUCUUUUAUUAACGCACAGCUGACACUAUUGCAAUCAAAGCCCCGAGACUUGCAGGAGGUGCCUGUUUCUGCUUUGACUAAGCAAAAUACAUUUUCUGAAUCAUACCGCAUUUCAGUUUCAAGGAAUCUAUCCGCCAAAGCCGGUAUAGAAGAGCCGCUCUGCAUGAUCCACGAAGAUUUGAUCAUAAAGACCUUUAAUGGGGAAGAUGUUUUGGUCCUCCAGGAGCAACUUAACAGUAUGAUCCAGACAUGUGUUAACGCUACUAAUACUUCCAGUGGUACAACGCCCUCUUCUAAUUAUUCGACAUCUGAUAAGACUUUUUCUACAAUCCUCUCUGAAGAUACGCCCGCUCCCAGUGAGCAAAGUGAAACUGGCACAGAGAAGAUCAGUGAGAAUAGCACAGGGAGCUACAGAGAGUCAUCUAGUAGCGUAUUAGACGAUGCAUCUCCUACACACAACCAGCAAGCAUCUAUCUUCCCCCAAAAGAUGCGGCCAACACAUACACUGCUCCCCACGGGAAAACUCUCCAUCAAAGAUAGUCAUAGCGGUAUUGAUAUUUCCUUGCAGCCUAUCUUCUUUACACGCAGCUCGUUGGUAAAAAUCAACGAGUCUCCCAAUCUCAGAUCAUCCCGAUUUGCUAGAUCUUAUCCCUUUGUUCAGAGAAGGUAUGUUGAGGCGUUGCAGAUAUGCCAGCUUGUCUGGGACAUCUGCGGCCCUGAGCUCUGCGAGGCCUUUGCUCGGUGCAGGCACCAAUACAUGCAUGCCCUGAGUCCUGAGAUAAUCCCUUUUGUGAAUGUACGCUCUUAG